CCAGGACAUGAAUUUACCACCAUGUCCUCUGAAGAAGGGAAGCUCUUCAUGGGAGGGCUCAACUUCAACAAUGAUGAGCAAGUUCUGGAAGACCACUUCAGCAGCUUCAGACCUAUUUCUGAGAUGGCUGUUGUCAAGGACUGGGAAACUCAGCGAUCCUGGGGUUUUGGCUUCAUCACCUUCACCAAUCCUGAACAUGUCUCAGAUGCCAUGAGAGCCAUGAAUGGAGAGUCUCUGGAUGGUCAUCAGAUCCAUGUAGACCACGUGGGCAAGCUGGCCCAGGGAACAAGAGGGGGUGCCUUUGGGGCCUAUGGGCGUGGUCGCAGCUACUCUAGAGGUGGUGGGGACCAGGGUUAUGGAAGUGGCAGGUACGACAGCCAACCUGGAGGAUAUGGAUAUGGAAGGUCCAGAGACUAUGGCUGCAGAAGCCAGGGUGGUUAUGACCACUACUCAGGAGGAAAUUACAGGGAUAAUUAGGACAACUGAGAUGAGGCAUGCACACCUAAUGUAGAUACACAA